UGAAGAUUAACUGUUAUAUGUUAUUAUGAGUAAUCAGUCUUCAUCCAGUCGCAAAUCGGUGCGGAUCGUGUUGAGCCGAGUUAUAAAUUUCUAUUCUCAUACCGAAUGACGGUCUGUUAUUAUUUAUUCAUUUUAUUUAGCAAAAGCCUUCCGUAGUCUCCCUAUUGGUUACAAAACGGCCUGUGCUCAUUCACAGUCGUACGCGGCGGCUAACCUACUCAUUUUACGUAGGUAACUAUUGGCUAUUUUUUUUUUUUAUUGUAUUUUUCAUUUUUUUACCGCAGCAUUUCUAAGCGUAAUUGUCACCAUAAAUACAAAAUUAUAAAAUUGUUUUAAUUAUUUGUCAUUAAAAUCUAUAAUUUUAUCAAUCAAUAAAUUUAAUAUUACUGGUCAUCUUAGUCACGGAAAAAAUAUGUUAUUAAUUAAUACGUUAGAAAAUAAUCUAUUAUGCUACGCUGUCAUGAAAGUUUUUUAGAAGAACAUCCACUGCUCACUGGUACUUCAUAGUCACUACAGUGUUGUACUACACGUUACGUAAUCACUCUAUCAAUUCCCCAUGGUAUAUACCGGCUUGUACCCGUGAAUGUGUGAUUACGAGAGUCUAAUAAUUAUUAGAUUAGAUUGGAUUAACAAUUGUCAUGGUGUAAUGAAGGUGUGUAGAAUAUAAAUGUUUUUUUUUCUUACAGAUAUUUACAUGCACAUAAUAAAUGCUCCGUAAUAACAGAAUACCAUAAAUAAUAAUUACUGUCGAUGCACAUUCAUAGUUCGUGUAGGUAUUAUAUUAUAUUAUCUUUUUUGUACAUUAUAGAAAGUAUUUAACUUCAAUUAAUUAUUUAUUAUCUUUUAUUUUUAUUAAGCAAUGGUUGAUAUUGUACAACGUUAUACAGUAUACUAUUUGUACGAAAAUGGGAGCCAAAGUUUCUAGAACUGAUUUUGAAUGGUCGUACACAGAAGAGCCACACGCUACACGGAGAAAAGAAAUAUUAGGUUUGUUAAAUUUAAUUUGUAUUAUUUUCACUAGGUAAAUGUAAUCCAAUUGUAAUACCUUAGGGCUUAGAUUGGAGUCCAAUUGAGUUCUGUUCUAGUAGAGCUACUCGCUAAUAUUUUAUAAUUUAAUAAAAUAUUUGAAAAGAAAGCAAUGAUGCACAACUAUAUAGAUUCAAUUUUACCUUUAUUUUUCUUUCAUAUGGCUUCGUCUUUGGUGAAAACAUGCAUACAUUUUAAAAAUAAUGAACUAAAUAAAUAAUAUAAAAUAUAAAAAUAAAAUAAAAUAAAUAAAUAAGUACAUAGAUAAUUGCGGUAACGUAUAAUUUUGAGUGUGACUGAAAGUUGUAACACAUACAAUGAAAUAUACAGAAAUUAGCCCAUUUUCUAAAGGUGUACUUCUAGGUUGUGUAGCCAAUCUUGUGCCUCACUGCCGCCUUUAUGGAUCUCUUCUAUCCCUCCUUCAUAUUUUGUCUGCGGACAUAUCUCGACAAUGUGUUUGAUGGUUUGAUCCUUCCCACACUCAUAGAGUGGGGUAUCUAACAUUUUCCAUUUAUAUAAGAGAAACUUAUAUUUUCCCCAUUCUGUCCUGAUAUGGUUUAAAGUAGACCACAUUGUAUAAGGAAGUUCAAAUUCUAGAACUCUGAGUUGAUGAGGGAGCUAUUAACUAUGUUCUCAUCUUUCCAGCUUGUUUUCCACAUAUUUUCUUAGUUAUCUGUUGUAUUCUCGAUUGCCUAAAUCGGGUGUCUAGAUUUUAAUCUUUUAUCUGGUGCUUUACUUAUGUCAUUAAAUAUCGAAAGGUUUGUCGAGUUUUGGUAAUUUUAUGGUUGCUGCAUAUCUGCAAAAUUCUGGUGAUGCUAUAUUUGAGAGGACUAAGAGCUCUUGCACUUUUGAAGCCCGGACACAGCCUGAAAUAAUUCUCAUCGUGUUAUUUAAUUCAACAUCUACUUGCCUCGUGUGAACAAUUUUACUUAUGACUUCUUUAUCGAAAGUACAUUGAUAUUUUAUAUUAUUUCAUUGAAGUUUAUAUUUUCUAUUUAUUUUUAAGUUUUAACAGUUAAUUAAUGACAAAGAAAAAUAAGCGAUACUUCUUUGAGUUAUUUAAUAAUAAUUUAACAAUUUGAUCAAUAAUCCAUAAUAACCACAUAUCACAAAGACAUGAUUUGCACAAUAUUUUAGACUAAAUAAUUAAAUAUAAUAUAUUUUAUUGUUUUAGUUAAAUAAUUAUUAUGUUAUGCAUAUUUUUAGGAAACAAUUAUACAAAAUUCAGAGGUAUCUAUGAUAGAUGAUAGUAUAGAAUGUACUUUCAAUAAUUUUAGUUAAAUAUUUAAUUUUUCUUGUUUAUAAUAAUAUAAUAACUUUUUUUUAAUUUUUUAAUUCCAAAAAAAAAAAAUCAAUAAAUUAUUGAAAUAGUAUUGUAUUGUUUUUAAUUUUAUAAAUUAUAUUGAUAAUUGAAAACAUAAUGUUGUGCAUCACUAACAGAAAAUAAAAUGUAAUUGACACUAUUUUUUUUUUAAAUUGUAUCUUUUAUUUUAAAAUAUCUACCCUUUUAUAAGUAUAUAUUUUUAGCAUUAUAAAUAUUAUCAUUUGACAUCUAUGCUCAAAAAAAAUUACUUACCCAGGUAUGUUAAAUUUAAAAGCAGCAUUUCAUCAUUUUUAAAACAUGAAAUUAUUACCUUAGUAAAUUUUUUAUUUUUGUUUUCAUACAUUGUACCUUUAUUUUACUUAAUAUUGUGAUAAAAUAUAUUUAAAAAAAACCACCCAUAUACAACAGAGUUUCUGCCAUUAAAAUAAAAUUUUCUGCCAUCUAUUUUAUAUUACAAUAUUGAAAUUGUAAGGUGAGGGUUGAAAGUGGAAACCUCUGCCUGAAUCUCCAAAAGUACAUCUUAUACCAAUAAUCAUGAUAAUAAUUAUAUUUUUCUGUUGACAUAGCUAACAUCUAAUUACCUAAUAAUAGGAAAUAUCUAUUAUGUACUCUUUUAUAAUAAUUAAUUAUAAGGCUAAUAAGAACUCUAACCUAAAUAUUGCUUAUAGCUGUAUUUCUGUUAUUUUAACUGUUCCAAGAAUAUAUAAUUACUAUUCUUAAAAAGUCCCAAUUGUGUAUCCUUUUCUCUGUAUAAGGAAAUAUGGAUUAUUAAAAAUAAAUUGAGCCCAAAAAAUAACUGGAGGUCUCUAAUAUAAAAGCCCAGUAAGCAGACAUAUCUUGAAUGAUCUAAUGUGUUUUGAGCUAAAAACACUAAGUACCUUCACACUACUUUGUAUUUUGAAUAUAUUAUUGUAUAUAUAUAUUGAAUUUAUUUAGGUAAAUAAAAUUAAUGGACUUAUACAACUUUGUGUUGAAUCAUUUUAAAAAAAUAUUUGACUAUUUCUUUGUACUGUUGUACUAAUCUUUAUUUGGGGGAGUCUUUAUGUGUAUUUGAAACUAAAAAAAAAAUGUUUCCUAAAACAACAUAGUGAAAUUAAACUAAAUUUUAUCACUUCAAUCUGCCUAUAAUACAAUUCCCAAGCUAAUGCUCAUUUAGUCGAGAGGGAUCUACUUAAGUAUCUUAAAGUUGUAAGAAAACUAUAAAUACAGUAGCAUAAGUGUGCACACAGAUGGUGCACCACCUGUGAACUCAAAUUGAUUGUAAAAAAUAACUUAAGUUUCUUAAAUUUGUUGGAUAAACCUAGAAAUUUAUACUAUCUAACUGUGUGACUCCAAGAUCAUACAUAAAGCCAGCGGUAAUAUAGGUUUGGCAAUGUUUACAGGCCUGUGUUAUUAAAUAUUAUUGAUAACCACCAAUAUAAUAAAAUCUAUAUUUUAUAGUUAGUUAUGUUAAUAGUAAAAUAACAAAUUAUAAACAUAAGAUUUAACUUAUGGUUUUUGGAUUGAAAAAUGUAGUGAAAACCGUGUUUUUUAAAUUUAUCAUCACUUUAUCAUAAUAAUAUUGAUUACAGAUUAUAAACAUUGCCCAACUUACUGACUACUUAUCUUCCAAAACCAAUACACAAUAGAAUAUAGAAUUGAGCAUCUAGUUAGUUAUAUAGUUUCAGUGCCAUACCCUGGAAUUUUCAAUGGGAGGGGAUGUAUCAAAUAAGAAUCGUGAAUAUUUCGUUAAGUCUUCUUCUCUACCCAAAUCAACUAUGGGAAUUAGUAAUUUAAAAAUCAAAUCCUAAAAAUAAAGAAUUCUGAUCAAUGUAUCAAGCUUUUCCUCAUAACUUGGUUGAAAUAUAUUUAUUUUGAUAUUGAAUUACUCAUACUUUUUUUUGUAUUUUUAAGCCAAUGGGGAAUAUAAAACUCCUAAUUCCCCUUCCCUGCCAUUGUAUAGUAUAUAUCUGUAGAUGGAUCCCUUUGUAAGGGGGGGGGGAGUAGUAGAGGAAUGCACCACCUGCAAACAAUUUCUGUGCAUGCCUAUGUACAGUAAUAUAUCUAUCAUAGUCUAGUGGUGAUACAUACCUGUUUUCAUCCUAGAGAUCCUAGUUUCGACUCAGAUUUUCCAUAAUUUUUUUUGCCCUUUUUUCAAAUAUUUUAGAUGUUUUAUUAAUAUGUAAAAAAGCUGUUUAAGAUAAUGGUGACUGUUAAUGGUAGUUUAAUGUAUACCUAUAAGCAAUGAUAAACCAUUCUUUGCUUAGGAAAACACUGAUUCUGAGCAUAGUUCAGUUGAUAUUAAUACUUUAUCAACAAUAUAUAUGUCAUUUUAUAGUAAAAUAAUUAAAUAGGUUUUAUAUAUUUUCUUUAAUUAUAUUCCUUUAAUGUUGUACUGAUUUUCCAAGUUUCCCUACGUUUCUCCCAUGUUUUAUCUAGGUUUUUCACAUUAUCUGGGAAAACUCUGGAUAAAAUCAAAAAAUUACCUUUCUAAGUACCUCCCUAAUGAAAUUUCCUUUUAAAAACAUUGCUAUAAUUAAAAGUUUGAGCAAAAGUGCAGGUUGAAAAGUUGUGCAAAGAAAAGAAAAAUAUAUUUUAGUGAUAUAUUUCAUACAUUUUCCUAUUUUUUUUCGUUUUUCAAAAGUUAUGAAAAAAAAUCUUAAGAAAAUCGAAAAUUACCUGCCUAAAAUACCUCCACACACUGAUUUUCUGUCAGAAAAAGUGCUACACUCAGAAAUCUAAUCAAGUCAUCUGAUAGAAAAGUAGUUAACAGAUAAAAAAAAAUCAUCAUUGUAAAACCAUUAACUUCAAAAUAAGCACUCGGACUCUAAAAAUAGAACUUUUAAUAUAUAAUUAUGUUGAAUGAUGCAAGUAUAUGUAAAGCUUGGAAUCUUUUUAAAAUGUAAUGAAGUAGGUAUAGUUUCUUUUACAUUACAACAUUAAAAACUUUCUAUGUCCAGUCUAAAUAAUAUUUGAAGAGAAAAUAUACUUUGUUUAAUUUUUAUACUAUACAAUUUAUGAAUUGUUACAUAGUACAUUAUUUAUGUGCAACCUUUAGUUAUACAACAAAGAUUUAUUUUAAUAUUAAUUUAAUAAAUUUUAAAUUAAACACAAACAAAUUAUUUAUUUUAAGAAAAAAAAAACAUUUUUGAUUUUUCGGCAUCUGUAUUAUUUUACAGAGAAGUAUCCAGAAAUAAAGAAACUUUAUGGUCCUGACAAAAAUUUUAAAUGGAUAGUUAUAAUUACAACUAUAUUACAGUUGGGUUCUUUUUAUUUCAUUAAAGACUUUAAAUGGUCAACUGUAAUGAUUUUAGCAUACUGUUUUGGAGGAGUGGUAAACCAUUCACUGAUGCUUGGUAAGUUUUAAUUAAUUUUAAUCUUUCUUUAAUUUUAAUAUAAAUAUUAAAUUAAUUGUUUCAGCAAUCCAUGAAAUAUCUCAUAACAUGGGGUUUGGACCUAAAUAUCCUAUGUACAAUAAAUUAUUAGGAAUGUAUGCUAACCUGCCCAUUGGACUUCCAUUUUCUGUGACUUUUAAAUAUUACCAUCUGGAACAUCACAGAGUGAAUAUAAUUUAUUCAUAAGUUUUGUAUAAAAUAUGAUUUUGUAAUUUUAUUUCAAUUUGGAUUAUAAAUUUUUAUCUGUUAUUAUUUAUUUAUUCUAAUGACCCUAUAAACACACAUUAAUAAUGAAUAAAAUAAAAAUGUAAAAUAAGCAUAAAAUUAAAUUAUACACUAAAAUUGCAUUAUGACCUAUGUACCUAUAGUGUUAUCUGUUAUAAUAAAUUGUUAUUGUUUUAUUAUUAUAUCAUUGAACAUAAUUAAAAACAAAUAAUUUUAACGAUCUAAAGGUUUCAUAUUUUUAUUAAAUAUACAAAAUUAUUAUUAAGAGUAUACUAAACAUUUAUUUAUUUAAUUAUUUAUUUUAACUGUUUAUUCUUAUUUAUAGUAUCAAGGUGACGAGAAACUUGACACAGACAUACCAACAUAUUUAGAGGCUAAAUUAUUUAAUUCAACAUUUGGAAAGUUUAUCUGGGUAUUAUUACAGCCAUUUUUUUAUGCUCUAAGACCAAUGUUUGUUUAUCCAAAAAAUCCAACUGCCCUUGAAAUUAUAAGUGUUAGUAUUCAAUUGGCAUUCAAUUAUUGGGUGUAUCAAUUCAUUGGUAAGUUUAUUGUUUAUCAGUUUAACAUUUUAUUUAUGAAAUUAUAGAAUACAAAAGUCAUAUAAUAUAGAUAAUAUAUAAUAAUUUGAUAUUUAGUGAAAAUAUAAUAUUAGCAGAGUUAUAAAUUCUAGAUUUAACUGAAAAAAAAAAUGUAUUUUUGUUUAAAAUGUUCUUAAGGUACUAAAGUUUUAAUAUAUAUGUUGGGCGGAUCAUUAAUGGCUAUGGGUUUACAUCCAGUGGCUGGCCAUUUCAUUUCUGAGCAUUAUAUGUUUCAUAAAGGAUAUGAAACAUAUUCAUAUUAUGGUCCAUUAAAUUUAAUUACAUUUAAUGUUGGCUACCACAAUGAACAUCAUGACUUCCCUUUUGUUCCUGGUUCUAAACUUCCACAAGUUAGUAUAUUAUUUCUCUUAUUGUAACCUUUAAGAGUAAGCGCACACUACAGAUUAUUUAAUCAAACUCUUUUAAUAGUUUAGUUGACCUAUUUUUUUAGUGUAAUACAAUUUACUAUACAAUUGUCUGUCAGUUGCAAAACUCAUUAAACUUUCAGCUGAUUAAAAGCUUGCAGUAUGUGCUAGCUCUAAGAUUAUAUUUAUCUAUUAACAUAUUAUUAUUAUUUAUAAAGAAAAUCAAAAAUUAAUUUACUUUGUCAUAUAUUUUUGUAUUUUAUAAAAUUCAAAUAGUUAGAAGUAUAUAUUUUUUUUGGUAAAUUUAGGUAAAGGAAAUUGCCAAGGAGUAUUAUGAUAAUUUGCCACAGCAUAAUUCUUGGACAAGUGUAUUAUAUGAUUUUAUAACAGAUCCUAGCAUAGGCCCAUAUGCAAGAACAAAGCGUAAACAUCAAAGAUUAACAUCUUAAUUACAAUUUAAACAUUAAAGAUUGUUAUCAUAUUGGUAUCAUACAUUCAAAUUAUAGAAUAAGAACAUAAUUGCAACAACAUAGUAUAUUUUAACCAUGGAUUGUAUGGUAUCUAUAGGUGAUACUCAAGAGACUAGUUUAGGCAUCUCUAAGUAGGGACACACAUAUAGAAGGUAAAAAAUAACAAUGCACCCUCUGAGAUUUAAAAAAACAAAAUUCAUAAUUAAAUCCAAAGUAAAUAAUAAUAAGUAAAAUCAUUUUUUCCUCAUUUUUAAAAUAUAAACUAAAUCUAUUUAUAGUACCUUGCCUUGUGUAAAUACAUGGCUGAGAUCCAAUUCAUAUUAAGUGAUAUGAGGCUAAGCAAAUUUGCAUUGGCUUAUUAAAAGUAUAUUAAUAUAAAUAUAAUAUGCUAUUUAUAUCAUUAUUUUCAAGUGUUUAGUAUAGGUCAGAGAUUCCGGAACUUUUUUUUCACAUAGUUUAUAGUAAAAAUAAAUGAUUGCACAUUUUUUUAAUUAAUAAUUCUCGUUGACACCUAUUUACAUCUCAUGUACCUUCAAUUUGUAUUUUUGAUAACAUGAGCCCCUUGCAGAUCAGAAUAGACCUUAGGAAACCUCUGGUAUAGGUUAUCAAUAAUUUAUGGAGAUGAUAAAUUUGAAAUUAUAUUUGCAUGUUGCACUUAUUUAACUUAUUUUCUGUGGGCCUCUCUCUCUAGUUAAUACUAUUCUAUACCUAUUAUUUCUAAUAAUAGUGUCUAAUAUUAUUGACAUGUACUGCCUCAAAUACUACUUAAUUUAGUGAAUUAUUUAAAUUAUUUUCAAACAAAUCUCUACUUAUAUAGUAAAAUAAAUGUGUUCAAACUAGGUUAAGAACUCUUGAUCAAAUAUUUAUUUCAAUAAACUGAUCAAAUUAAUUAGACUAAGUUAUUAAAUAUUCAUAUUUUCUUUUAUCAGAUUAAUUUGUAGCUCUGAAUUCUAUCUUUUUUAAAUCCCAAAUAUUAUAAGUUACAAGACUUAUUUUAAUGUUUAAAAUUUUUACAAAAACAUAAUAUGAAAUUUUAAAUUAUAUAGUUUAUUAUUAUUAUUUUUUUUUUAAUAUAAUAUUUUAUUUUUAAAAAUUACAUUAUAGUAUGCCAGUGAUAAGUAGAGAUUAUCAUAUACUUCCUGUGUAAUACAAAAAUAUUUUAUAUGCAUUCCUAUUCAUUAAACCUUGUACUAAAUAAUAUCUUUAAAAUUUAUUUAUAAUUAUAUAUUUAAUUUGUAAUUUUAAGUCUAAAAAUAUGUAGUUUAUUCAUUCGGCUCAUAAUGACAAAUAGUGAAAAAUGAAUCUAGUUUACUAAAUAUUUGAUCUAGGGCUUACAAUUUCAUGUGUACCAUGGGUACACAAAAUCUAUGUACCAAUUCAUAUAUUUAAAAAUGCAUGUAUAUUUAAUAAUAGUCAUGUACAAUAUAUAUGUUCCAGUAAUUUUUAUACUCCAAUAUUUAGUUUUAAAAAAUAAAUGCUGGACCCUGGAUAUAGGUGGGCCACUGUUGUAGGUAUUAUUAAAUACAUGGACAUUAUCAAAUACACACGUAUUUUAAAAUACCCUCAGGAAAUUGUAAGCCCUAAUAUGAUCAGUGUGUGUAAAAUUUUAAUUGUACAUUUCAAUAUUAGAUUGUAAUUUAUGUGUGUGUUAGUUUUGCAGUUUUUCUAAACAACUUAGGAUUUAAUAAAUGAUGACAUGAUUAAAAAUAGUUUCAAUAAAUGUACUAUCAUAGUUAAUCACAAUUUUAAUUAUGGACUUAUACAAUAAUUUUAAAUAGUACAUUUCAUGACUAUAUUUAUAAUUAUUAAAACAAAAUGUGCUUAAAAAGUGUCUUAACAUUUUGUAUACAAAAUACAUUCAUAUGUUAUUAUUAUUAUUAUUAUUUUAAAAUUGUAGGGUCUAUUAUUUGCCAACUCAUAUUUAUGAGAUUAUUAUUUAGUAUUUAAAUGCAUAUUAACAUACCUUAUUAGAAAUUUUUGAUUUGAUUUGUGACCUAUAAAUAAAAAUAUAUCUGAUUAAAACAAAUAAAAGUUUUAUAUUAUUAUAUAUUUUUAACAGAUUAAAUUACUUAGAUGUUUUAAAUUGUUUAUAACAUGAAUAAGGUGUACGUUCCUAACUAGCCAAUGGAGCCUUAUUAUCUAAUUUGAAAUUUAUUCAACAAUGUAUAAUGUAUUAUGAGUGUUUAAACUUUAAAGCCUAAUUGAGAUGCUAAAAACAAAAAUAAUACAGUAUUUUAUUUAUCUGCAUUAAAUAAGCUUAUCAAUUAUUUUAUUUUAGAGUAAUAAAAGUUAUCUUUUUUUGUUUUUUAUGAAUAAAAUAUUGUAAUUUUGUUCAUUAUUGAUACUAUAAUAAUGUACAAAAAUUAAACUUAAAAAUCUUUUGUAUUUCUGUAUGUAAUUUAAAUGACAUGUUAUUCAUAGUUAAAUUACUUUAAAUUAUUUAGUCAAUGUGUAAUGUAUUUUCAAGUG